AUGGCUAAGAUUACUGGGCUUGAGGUCGAGAAUGCUGAUGUUAAGGCCAAAUAUGAUAAGGCUAUGAACGAGGUUAUGAAGCUAAGGGCCGAGCUCAAGAGUAGAAUCGAGAAGUUAGAGAAGGGUAGAACAGAUACUGUUGCUGAAAAUGCCAGGCGUGAUAAUGCAAUUGCUGAGCUUAAGGCCGAAGUAGUGAAAUUAAGGGAUAACAAUGAGGAGGGCAAACAGAAAACCCAAGAUAUUUCUUCCGGGGAAAUUGUUAAUAAACCUAGCUCUGUUGUGGCCCAGCUUGAUAAUGUUUCUGAGCUCAGAAAUGACCAGAGUCAUGUGAUUUCAGAAAAUUCAGAAAGUCUUGAGGAAAUCGUGACAAAUUUGUCACGAUCAAUCUGUAUAUCUCCGAAAAUUGAAGUAAAUACUCUGGCCAAAUCAUUAACUUCUGGUCCAAAUGUAUCAGAGGCACAAGUGAGAAGGCAAGACUUGGAUUCAGCUAAGAAAACAUUAGAGCAAUAUCCUACUUUAUAUUAUGAAUACAGUAGUGAAAAUUUUGAUUAUUACAGAAUUACUAAUGAGACAUUAUGCUCUUUAUAUAAGUUAAAUCAUGAGGAUGAAGAAGGUAUAGAAGGUAAAUAUAAGAAUGAAACUUAUUAUAUAAAAUGUGAAGCAUUUGAAAUCAGUACUAUCAUAUAG